GCGCCACUCACUCAAGGCUACUGUCAUGGCGGUGACGAACUGAAGCUACCGGGGUAAAUCAGGAAGAGAAUGCAGCGCAGCUGGGUUAACGUUGACAUUUAAGCAAGUCUGUGGAGUUUGCCGGGGAGGACCGAGCACACUUCUGUCCUUUUGUCGACUUCUGCCGGAGAUGCUGACGAACUUACCUCCUUUCCAGUUGUGAGUUUUUGCUUCUGCCGAGCGCGCUGCCUGUCAAGUGUCUGGACUCGGUGACAAUAGCAACUUCCACCACUGUACGGAGACAUUCAAGUCACCGUAUCCUCGGUUUGCCAUUUGACCGAGCAGACGGGAAAACAGGUUAAGGGUGAGCUUUGCUUCACCUCUUUCCUGCAGCGGGCUUCCCUGUGGCUUUUAACGGCAUUAAUCCAUCCGCCUGGGCUCCAGUUACGGACCAGGGGAGAGAAGUAAAAACGUUAGUUCACUGUGGAGUGAAGCGGUGACAUGAUCUAGUCCCGCAGUGUCAACGGCUAACAAAUUAUCCUCGCGCCUUCAACCCCUCUACCACCACUUUCGCAGUUCAACAGUUUUGGAUGGGGAGGAAAACGUUUGGUUUGUGUGCCUGUAGACUGUCAACAACUCAGCUGAAGGGGAUAUAGAGCCCUUUACCUCCGACAUCGGUUGGUGUCCCCACCAUUGGAGGUGAACAGGUGCCUUACCUGUGAACAGCACCUGUCCCGUCCUUCCUUAGCAAUGGCUAGCGAGGAGACAGCGGGAUCUGUGCAGCCAGGUGAUGGAAAGGACGGGAGUUCGGGCGCCAUGGCGCUCAACCCCGGAGUGCCUAUCAGGGGGAUAAAGAUGAAAUUCGCCGUGCUGGCUGGCCUGGUGGAAGUUGGGGAAGUUUCCAACCGAGACAUUGUGGAGACGGUGUUCAACCUGCUGGUCGGCGGGCAGUUUGACCUAGAGAUGAACUUCAUCAUCCAAGAACCCGAGAGCAUCGUGUGCAUGGUGGAGUUGUUGGACAAAUGUGAGCCCACCUGUCAGGCCGAGGUCUGGAGCAUAUUCACCGCAAUCCUCAAGAAGAGUGUCCGCAACCUGCAGGCGUGCACUGAUGUGGGGCUAAUCCAGCUGGUGCUCCAGGGUAUAUCCACCACUGACAGCAUGAUCGCAGACCUACUGGUGGACAUGUUGGGCGUGCUCGCCAGCUACAGCAUCACAGUAAAAGAGCUGAAGCUUUUCUUCAGCAAACUGCAAGGGGAGAAAGGCCAGUGGCCACGUCAUGCGGUGAAGCUUUUAUCAGUUCUGAAGUACAUGGCUCACAGGAAUGGCCCAGACUCCUUCUUCAGCUUUCCAGGGAAAAAUGCAGCUGCUAUAGCUCUGCCUCCUAUAGCUAAAUGGCCGUACCAGAAUGGGUUUACAUUCCAUACGUGGCUCCGCAUGGAUCCUCUCAACAACAUCAAUGUAGACAAAGACAAGCCUUACCUAUACUGUUUCCGCACCAAUAAAGGCAUGGGUUACUCUGCACACUUUGUGGGUGGCUGUUUGAUAGUGACCUCAUUAAAAUCCAAGGGGAAAGGAUUCCAGCACUGUGUAAAGUACGACUUCAAACCCCAGAAGUGGUACAUGGUGACUCUCGUUCACACCUACAACCGCUGGAAAAAUAGUGAAAUUAGCUGCUAUGUGAACGGGGAACUGGCUUCCUUUGGAGACAUCGCCUGGUUUGUUAACACCAGUGACACGUUUGACAAGUGUUUCCUGGGAUCGUCUGAGACAGCGGAUGCCAACCGUGUGUUCUGCGGACAGAUGGGGGCGGUUUACCUGUUUGGAGAGGCUCUCAGCGCUGCUCAGAUCCUGGCUAUCUAUCAGCUGGGACCGGGUUACCAGGGAACAUUCAAGUACAAGGCUGAAAGUGACUUGCUGUUUGCAGAGCAUCAUAAGACCUUACUGUAUGAUGGCAAGCUGUCCUCUAGUAUUGCCUUCACUUAUAACCCUCGCGCCACAGAUGCCCAGCUCUGCCUCGAGUCCUCCCCCAAGGACAACGCCUCCAUUUUCGUCCACUCACCCCACGCACUCAUGCUUCAGGAUGUGAAGGCUGUUGUGACUCACUCAGUCCAGAGUGGCAUACACUCUAUUGGGGGCGUGCAAGUCCUCUUCCCUCUGUUUGCACAGCUGGAUUAUUGCCAGCCCUCCAGCCACGAGCUGGACACCUCUGUCUGCUGCACUUUGCUAUCCUUUGUGAUGGAGCUCUUGAAGAACUCGGUGGCUAUGCAAGAGCAGGUUCUGGCCUGCAAAGGUUUUCUCGUCAUUGGCUACACUUUGGAGAAGUUGUCCAAGGUGCAUGUGACGCGGCCCGUCCUGGACAUUGUGCUGGCCUUUUCCAGAUACCUUAGCAACUUGCAGAAUGGCAUCUUGCUGCUCAAGCAGCUGUGUGACCACAUUCUGUUCAACCCUGCCAUCUGGAUCCAUUCCCCUGCCAAGGUCCAGCUGACACUCUACACUUACCUUGCAACAGAGUUCAUUAGUACAGUGACCAUCUACAACACCAUUCGCAGGGUGGGCACUGUACUUCAGGUCAUGCAUACGAUGAAAUACUAUUACUGGGUUAUCAACCCCCAGGACCGCAGUGGAGUCGUGCCUAAAGGCCUAGAUGGUCCAAGACCAAACCAGAAGGAGAUCCAUUCUUUGCGAGCCUUUCUGUUGUUGUUUGUCAAGCAGCUCAUCAUGAAGGAUCAUGGAGUGAAGGAAGACGAGCUACAGAGUAUCCUCAAUUACCUCCUUACCAUGCAUGAGGAUGACAAUCUCAUGGAUGUACUGCAGUUGUUGGUGGCUUUGAUGUCUGAACAUCCUGUGUCCAUGGUCCAGGCCUUUGACCAGCGCAACGGGAUUCGGGUGAUUUACAAGCUUUUGGCCUCAAAAAGUGAAGGAAUAAGAGUGCAGACACUCAAAGUAAUGGGCUACUUUCUGAAACACUUGCCACCAAAGAGGAAACCUGAGGUCAUGCUGAGUCAUGGCCUUUUCUCUCUGCUCACUGAACGCCUGAUGCUCCACGCCAGCCAGUUCACCAUGACAACCUACAACGUGCUCUUCGAGAUUCUUACAGAGCAGAUCUGCACUCAAGUGAUCCAUAAACAGCAUCCGGACCCCGACUCCUCUGUGAAGAUUCUCAACCCACAAAUUCUGAAGGUAAUAGCUGCUCUGCUGAAGAGUUCUCCCCCAUCCCCCGAGAGCAUGGAGGUGCGCAAGGUCUUUCUGUCAGACAUGAUCAAACUGUUCAAUAACAGCCGAGAGAACCGCAGGUGCCUGCUGCAGUGCUCGGUGUGGCAGGAGUGGAUGCUCUCUCUGUGCUUCAUCAACCCGCAAAACAGCGAGGAGCAGAAAAUCACAGAGAUGGUGUACGCCGUCUUCCGCAUCCUGCUCUACCACGCCAUCAAAUAUGAGUGGGGCGGCUGGCGCGUCUGGGUGGACACCCUGUCCAUCACCCACUCCAAGGUCACCUUUGAGCAGCAUAAAGAGAAUCUGUCCCGUAUGUUCCGUCAGUACCAGCGUCAGGAGUCUGCAGGCUCUCUGAAUACAAUCCAGACCAUCUCUGGCGUCAGCCAAAGCUCGGAAACUAUGGAAUCUCUAAACGGGCCGGCUGCAGAGGAGACGGCCCCUUCCACUGUCAUCGAGCUCACAGUGGACAAGCUGUCACAGAAGUCCCCUGACUCAGCAUCUAGUUCCACCGUCACUCCCAGCACACCGGAGGCUGCCGAGGGAAGGGGACACGGAUCCAUCACCGUCUCCAACAUCCUGGCCAGGGAAGAAGAAGAGCAGAAGUUUGUUCAGGAGUCUUCCAAGGAGGCCUGCAGGGAUGAAGGAAAAGAGACUGAAGCUACUGUGAUCCAAAAAACUGAUGAAGAGAAACUGAGUGGACAGACCUCCACUGACAAGAACACUGAUGAUCUACAAACUUCACUUAGCAACCAGCCUGAAACAGAUGACACAAAAGCAGUGGAAGAGAUUAGGGACUCUGCUACAACAUCUGCAAGAGAUGAUGACAAAUCUGAACCUAUCGCAGUUGAAUCAUCAAACGUCAUUCCGGAAGACUCUUUGAAUGAAGCAGAUCCGGAACUGGCAAUGGCUUCAAAACAAGAUAGCAAUACUGACCCAGCAGUCAGUAUUGAGGCUGCGGCCUUCUUGGAGAACAGUGUGCUGGGUGGAGCCUCCGUCUUCAAUGAAGACCUGGUUGACAUGUCCUCCGUCAGUGACCAGAUCCACCCAAGCGAUGCCGAUGAUAGCCUAGAGGAGUCCUCUUAUGCAUCAGCUACUGCCGGAGAGGAAGUGGAGGAAGGCGGAAAAAAGGAGGAAGAUACACAUGAAGAUGGUGAAGGCAAGAAAGAGGAUCAGGAAGAAAAGGAUGAGAAGCAGAAGGUUGGGAUACAAGAAAAAACUGAAGAGAGUGAAACUGAAGAGAAAGGGGCGUCUGGUUUGGAGAGUCCGACCCCUCCAGCUGAAACACUGGAACACUGUGUGGCAGAACCACCCAAAGAAAAAGUUGAAGAUGAGCACUCUUCAUCCCUAACUAACACUGCUACUGCAGACCAGCAGCACUCCGAUACCACACCGCCCUCUGCAGCCCAGGAGGUUGCCGCAGCAUCCGACUCACCUAGCCAGCCUUUAAAGACCACUGGCACCACUGAAGAGGAAACCCUGGCCGGUCCCACAGCCGCCUCCACCUCUGACACCCAGAAGAGUGCAGACUCUGUCAGCAAGACCAAAGAGAUCAAAAUUGCCCGACUGGAUGUGUCCAAUGUGGCCUUAGACACAGAGAGACUCGAGUUAAAGGAGACCUCUUCAACAGAAACAAGCCAGCCGGCGGCAGCGGCAGGAGGGUCUUCAGGUCAGCAGAGAGAGGGCAGCGCUUCGGCCCCUCGUUCCACAAUGUUUCGUAUCCCAGAGUUCCGCUGGUCCCACAUGCACCAACGCCUCCUUGCUGACCUGCUCUUCUCUAUUGAGACAGAUGUCCAGAUGUGGAGGAGUCACUCCACAAAGACAAUUUUGGACUUUGUGAACAGCAGUGAGAACGUCGUGUUUGUCCACAACAGUAUUCACCUCAUCUCCCAGGUGGUGGACAACCUCAUCAUGGCCUGUGGAGGCAUUUUACCUCUGCUCUCUGCUGCCACCUCUUCCUCUCAUGAACUGGAGAACAUUGAAUCCUCCCAAGGCUUGGCGGUGGAGGCUUCCGUCACCUUCCUACAGCGCCUCAUCAACCUCGUGGAUGUCCUCAUCUUCGCCAGCUCGCUCAACUUCACUGAGAUAGAAGCUGAGAAAAACAUGUCUUCAGGAGGCAUCCUGCGACAGUGCCUUCGCCUCGUGUGUGCUAUGGCAGUGAGAAACUGUCUGGAGUGUCAACAAGCCCAAGUUAAGCAUGGCGCAGAAGCCUCAGCACGCGGCACAGCCAUGCCCGGUUCUGGGCUUGGAGGAGCCAUGUCUGCAGCUGCGCAGAGUCCUGUUGAUGCAGUGACAGGUGGGAUGUCUCCAGUCAGAGACCUGGACCGGCUUCUUCAGGACAUGGACAUUAACCGCCUCAGGGCUGUCGUCUUCAGAGAUAUCGAGGACAGUAAGCAGGCUCAGUUUCUGGCGCUUGCUGUUGUCUACUUCAUCUCAGUCCUCAUGGUGUCUAAAUACCGAGACAUCCUGGAGCCCCACACUGACAAGAAACACCCUCAAAGAUCCCAGUCUGCCAGGAGCACAGACAGCGGUGCCAUUUCUGGUGGACUAGAAGUGGAGAAUGGGGUUUCUCUGCGGCGGUAUGACUCCGGCAUCGGCGACGACCACACCUCAACCGCCGCAAGUGAGGCAGACCUGUCGUCCUCUGGGGUGACUCACGGUCCAGACGCCGUCUCUGAGGCCCUGUCCACACUGUCUUCUGAGGUCAGACCUUCUCUGCCCGCCGAUUCAAAGGGCAAGAAUGUGAAGGACAUUCUGCGCAGCCUUGUGAGCGCUCCAGCUGAUGAUAUCAUGGUGGACCCAAGUCUGCUGCCACCGUCAUUUCUUGGGUGUGUGGGCGAUGCAGCCAGACAAUCAUCCCUGCAGUUCCGCUCCUUUGAUAGAAGUGUUGUCGUUGCACCCAAGAAAGCUGGCAUGGCACCUUCUCCAGGCACUUCCACUGCUGCGUCUGUGUCUGGUGGGACACCUAUCGAAAGCGUUGCCGUGGUAUCUUCUGGGGACGCCUCCCAGAGCACCUCUGCAGACUUUGCAGGUACAGGCGGCCAGGUUCCAGCCAGCACUAGCCUGCCAUCUGUCCCCCCACUCUCCCCUGUGACCCAGAACACAGCCCCCAAUAUGAGUAUCUCAGAGCGUCUGGAGCAUGCUCUGGAGAAGGCAGCUCCUCUGCUGAGAGAGAUCUUUGUGGACUUUGCUCCCUUCCUCUCUCGGACCCUGCUGGGCAGCCAUGGACAAGAGCUCCUUAUUGAGGGCACGAGCCUGGUGUGUAUGAAGUCCAGCAGCUCGGUGGUUGAGCUCGUCAUGCUUCUGUGUUCACAGGAAUGGCAGAACUCCAUCCAGAAGAAUGCCGGUCUCGCCUUUAUCGAGUUGGUCAACGAAGGCAGGCUGCUGAGCCACACCAUGAAGGACCACCUGGUCCGUGUGGCUAAUGAAGCUGAAUUUAUCCUUAGCCGACAGAGGGCCGAAGAUAUCCAUAAGCAUGCAGAGUUUGAGUCAAACUGUGCUCAGUAUGCAGCGGAGAAGCGAGAUGAGGAGAAAAUGUGCGACCACCUGAUCCGAGCAGCCAAAUACCGCGACCACGUGACAGCCACACAGCUCAUCCAGAAGAUCGUCAACAUCCUGACUGACAAACAUGGAGCCUGGGGAAGCUCUUCCAUAAGCCGGCCGAGGGAGUUCUGGCGCCUGGACUACUGGGAGGACGAUUUAAGGCGGCGACGUCGCUUCAUCAGGAACCCCUACGGAUCCACUCACUCGGAGGCUACGCUCAAAGCCGCGUCCGAGCACGUGGCCGAUAUCAGUGCGUCCGAGGAGGAUAUUCUCAAAGGCAAACAGUCCAUCAAGAGUCAGGCUCUGGGAAAUCAAAACUCGGAGAGUGAGACAUCACUUGACGGAGACGAUGACACUCUGUCAUCCUUAGAGGAGAAGGACCUGGAGAACUUAACAGGCCCAGUAAACCUGAGCACCAGUGCCCAGCUGGUGGCUCCGGCCGCGGUGGUGAGGGGCACCCUGUCCAUCACCGCGUCCGAGCUCUACUUCGAGGUGGAUGAAGACGAGCCGGGCUACAAGGCCAUCGAUCCCAAGAUUCUAGCCUACACAGAAGGUCUUCAUGGAAAAUGGCUGUUCACAGAGAUCCGCUCUGUCUUUACCAGACGCUACCUACUGCAGAAUACAGCCCUGGAAAUCUUCAUGGCCAACAGAACGGCGGUCAUGUUCAACUUCCCAGAUGCAGCUAUGGUCAAGAAGGUGGUCCACAGUCUUCCUCGUGUUGGGGUUGGCACGAACUUUGGCCUUCCACAGACCAGACGUAUCUCUCUGGCCACACCAAAGCAGCUAUUCAAGGCAUCCAACAUGACCCAGCGCUGGCAACGCCGUGAGAUAUCCAACUUUGAUUACCUCAUCUUUCUCAACACCAUCUCUGGUCGGACCUAUAAUGACCUAAACCAGUACCCGGUCUUCCCCUGGGUUAUCACCAACUACGACUCAGAGGAACUUGACCUCACUCUGCCCAGCAACUUCAGAGAUCUGUCCAAGCCCAUUGGUGCUCUGAACCCCAAGAGGGCAGCAUUCUUUUCAGACCGAUAUGAGUCCUGGGAUGAUGAUCAGGUGCCGAAGUUCCAUUAUGGCACCCACUAUUCUACCUCCAGCUUCACCAUGAUGUGGCUACUGCGCGUCGAACCCUUCACCACGUUUUUUCUCAACUUCCAAGGAGGGAAGUUUGACCACGCUGACCGCACCUUCUCCUCAGUGUCUCGGGCCUGGAGGAACUGCCAGAGAGACACAUCUGAUGUUAAGGAGCUGAUCCCAGAGUUCUACUACCUCCCCGAUAUGUUUAUCAACGCCAACAGUUACAACCUUGGAGUGAUGGAGGACAACACUGUUGUGUCUAAUGUGGAGCUGCCACCUUGGGCCAAGAGCCCAGAGGAGUUUGUACGCAUCAAUCGCCUGGCUCUGGAGAGCGAGUUUGUGUCCUGCCAGCUCCACCAGUGGAUCGAUCUGAUCUUCGGCUACAAGCAGCAGGGACCUGAAGCCACCAGAGCCCUCAAUGUUUUCUAUUAUCUUACCUACGAAGGUGCAGUCAACCUCAGCUCCAUCAGUGACCCCAUGCUCAGAGAGGCUGUGGAGUCUCAAAUCAGGAGUUUUGGACAGACCCCCUGCCAGUUACUCAUCGAACCACACCCACCCCGAAGCUCAGCCAUGCAAGUGUAUCUUCUCCUGCAGACCCCGCUGAUGUUUACGGAGCAGAUGCAGCAGGAUGUUAUCAUGGUGCUGAAGUUCCCAUCCAACUCUCCCGUGUCCCACGUAGCAGCCAACACCCAGGCAGGUCUAACGUCACCUGCCAUCAUCACCGUCACCGCCAACCGAAUCUUUGCCGUCAACAAGUGGCACGGAUUGACAGGUCAUCAGAGCUCAACGGUGCAGGACCAGCAGUACCAACUUCCUGUGGAAAUUGACCCUCUGAUAGCCAGUAACGUGGGCAGUCACCGUCGUCAAAUCUCAGACCUGCUGGACCAAAGCAUUCAGAUCAGCUCGCAGUGUUUCGUCAUCACAGCGGACAACCGCUUCAUCCUUCUAUGCGGCUUUUGGGACAAGAGCUUCCGGGUUUACUCCACUGACUCAGGCAAACUGACACAGAUAGUGUUUGGGCAUCGUGACGUGGUGACGUGUCUGGCUCGCUCUGAGUCGUACAUUGGAGGAGACUGCUAUGUCCUGUCAGGCUCCAGAGAUGCCACCCUGCUGCUGUGGUACUGGAACGGAAAGCACAAUAACAUUGGAGAGAGUCCAGGCACAGAGUUUACCACACCGCGAGCUAUCUUGACGGGCCAUGACUAUGAAGUGACAUGUGCGAGUGUGUGUGCGGAGUUGGGUCUCGUCAUCAGCGGCUGCAAAGAGGGUCCUUGUCUGAUCCAUUCCAUGAAUGGGGACCUUCUGCGGACCCUGGAGGGCCCCGAGCGCUGCCUGCGGCCUCGUCUCAUCCAAUGCUCCACUGAGGGACACUGCAUGAUCUACUAUGACAAGGGGCAGUUCUGUUGCUUCAGUGUCAACGGCAAACUGCUUGGACACAUGGAGGUGGAAGACAGCAUCAAGGCCAUGUAUCUGAGUCGGGAUGGCCAGUAUCUGCUGACAGGGGGAGACGGAGGGGUUGUGUCCGUCUGGCAGGUCCACGACCUCAAACAGCUGUUCACCUACCCAGGCUGUGACGCAGGAAUCCGCUCUAUGACCAUGUCACAUGACCAAAGGUGCAUCAUAACUGGCAUGGCAUCUGGAAGUAUUGUGCUCUUCUACAACGACUUCAACAGAUGGCACCACGAGUACCAGACCAGGUACUGAGCUGACAACAGCCACAACUCGACUGACAAACGACGUUCCAAACGUUUGCAAAGUGUGAACUCUUAUCAAAGGCACUAUACUGUCUAAAAUCCUAAUAUCCUGAAUGUAUCUCAAUGAACGAAGAAGGAAAAAAAAAAAACCUGUCCUGGUAUAGUAAAAUAAUCAAAACUAUUUUUAAAAAGGGCAUUGCUAUAUUUUGUAGAUCAGAUAGAAAACUUUAAUAUAAAUCACAGGGUGGGGGUUGUGUUAGAGUACGGUUAAAAAAUAAAUCUAUUUUUAGCUGUGAGAGUCUAUUUUCGUCUCCUCCGGAAACAAAAGCAGGAUUUGUGGGGAGCUAGUGAGAACCUUUUCUCUUGACUUAAAAAUCCAAAUAUUUGUGUACUUUAGGGUGAGUGAUUUUGUUUUUUGUUUUUUCCUGUAGUUGUGUGUGUGUGUGUGUGUGUGUGGGGUAUAAUUAUUAAGCUAUCAUUCAUUUUUGACAUGCUUAUUUGCAACACAGCCGGUAGAUAUGAAAUGUUUGAAUAAAUAAUAAAUGUAUUGGACAGAAGGAUAAACUUUGAGGGAUUAUAUAUAUUCUGUUUAAAUGUAGUCCCCCAUAUUUAUAUAUUUAUUCCAUUUCCUGUGUACCAGUGUGAUUGCUACGAGAUUACGCUUUGGUGCAUGGCUCACUACUCGUGUAAAACAUAUCAGUGCAGACCUAUCACAUCAUCAUUUAUUACUUUAAACGUCAAACGCAAAACAUCCCACUCUCAGCCAGAGAUGUUGAAUAUGAGCUUCAUGUAGAGGAGGAUGUCAGGAAAACCAUAUCAAGGAUGUUGCUUUUACAAAUAUUUUCCAAAUGGCUCAACAAGCAAACAGUGAUUAUUGUUUUUUUUUUUAUAUACAUAUAUAUAAAAUGGGAAUCUUAAUGGAAAGACAGAGUGUAUGAGAUCACUAAUCAAAGCACAUCAUAUCGUAUCCCCAUAUCAGACCCAGUGCCCGAGCCAGCUUGAAGUCCUCUUUGAGUCCUGUCUCUCUAACAGCAAAGUGAGAUGUGCAAUGACAGGAAGGACUUUCUCCAUUUCAGUCUGAGGGUCUUUCUCUGUUUUGAUCACAGGAUGAGUGAUUAUGUUAAAAUGUGAUUCAGCACUAAAACGGCAACAAGACAUGUUCCUUUGGUCCUUGCUAAAAUAAACGUCCACUUGUAUCUUUUAAUUUUGGGGGAAACUUUCUUUUCAAGUCUUUUGCUUUGAUGUGGUUUGAAUCUCCAGUUAUAUGAGAACUACUGUUAUCUAUCAACCCACUUAUUAUUAUUAUUUUUGUUUCAAUCAUUUGAGUGUUUUGUGUGCUGAUUUCUGACAAUAAAAUGGAAUUUUAUAACUUGA